CCGAACGGAAGUGAGGAGAAUCGCUGCUUGUUUGCAGGAACCACACCUCGAGAGUUGACGGAAGUGAUGUGGAUGGUAUCGCCGUAUUUCGCUUGGUUGUUCACCUCGCGAGACUGCUGGCAUGAGCUCGAAGGACAUGGAAAACCCAUCAAACGCAAUUCUGAUGCACAAGGAUCUCAUCUCAUACGUUGAUGAUGAGGCGUUCGGUGUUGACAUCGACGACAACUACCACAUCGUGAUAUUCCGGGAGAUGGGAUCAGCGCGAGGACUUCUUCCUACUCGUAUGCCACGAAGACAACACGAUGCAAGCUUCGAGCUAUUCCUUCGAGGACAUUUUAAUAGCUCCCUUCGAGCAAAUAUUCUCCAUGGUGACACCAGGGAGGAAUACUCUUCGGCAGCCAUUCUGAAAAUGAUGGGAGAACUUGAGGUGGAGCAAGAGGAUGAGGAUGAAUUGGCACCGAUGGGCGAUCCAUGAUGGCAGACGAUGCUCUGGAAACAGAUAUGGGAGGAUGUUUUGCGGCGGAGAAUUGCAGAAGCAGAUGAUAGCUAUGAUAGUGAAGAGUAUGACGAAGACGGCUAGUAGUCCUUAUUGAAGUCUCUUUGCUUUCGGGAGUACACUCGAAAAAG